AGCCUGUUCCGAGCUCAGAAUAACACGCAGUCGCUGAGCAGCUCUGUGCAUUUGUGGGAACACUGCAACAACCGGAUCGCGCUUGGAUUAUUAUAACUAUGACUCUGGAAGAGAUCAGCGGACAGGAGAACACGAUGGAAACCACGGACAGGGUGCAAAGUGCAGGCGCAGCCCUGGAGGAGCUGCUGAUCGCUGCCAAGAAGCAGGACUACCUGACAGUCGGAGUUUACGAAUCUGCAAAAGUCAUGAAUGUUGACCCAGACAGCGUGGCGUUCUGCGUCCUCGCCACAGAUGAGGAGUACGAGGGUGACAUCGCCCUCCAGAUCCACUUCACUCUCAUCCAGGCUUUCUGCUUCGACAACGACAUCAACGUGGUGCGCGUCAACGACAUCGAGCGCCUGGCUGACCUCGUGGGCGCGGACGACAGCGGCGAGCCCAAGGACGCGCACUGCAUUCUUGUCGCGAGCCCCAGUGCAAACCCCUGGAAGGACCCGGCUCUGGACAAACUGAGCCUGUUCUGCGAGGAGAGCCGCAGCGCCUACGACUGGGUGCCGACCAUCACACUUCCAGAGCGCUGAACUGGGCUCCUGCUUUCACAAGAUCAAGAUGGCGAAGAAAAGUCAAGAAGCUGACUUUCAUCUAUGGGGAGCCAAGCCUUUCUGCUUCACCUGGAUUAAGAGGCUGAUUGCACUCCCUGCAGGAGAGCAGCCUUCCAGAGCAUUCUGGGUCAGCAAGUUGGUUCUGGAUCACCCGGUGUGAGGUGCUGAGGUUCACAGAUCAGGUGUUGACUGGGUCAAAGUGGACUCAAAGCCCGAUGGACACAGAGAAGGAGGUGGACUGAGCCGCAUGGAGCUUAAUGGUGACCCUGCUGCCAUAUAACAGACAUGGGGGAGGGA